CGUCAAAAGUGACAUGUUGACAUGUGUAAAGUGCUCUUCUUAAAAAUUUAAACAAUUUAUAGUAUUUGCCAUAUAAUCCACUUCAAACAUUGGUCACGUGCAGCUCAAGGUGUUUUCACUGGCCUUAGCCUUCGCUUACCCAGUGAAGCAUAACUCGCUGCGAUUCGCUACGUUGCCAAACAAAAAUGAAUCAAGUUAAAGAUGUGACCAUCAAGCCACUUCAAAAAUCAAUUUACUUAAAGCCGUUGACGAUGCAUUUUACACAAAAUGGAAUGAAACGAACAUGGGACUUGCUUGAAGUGCAUGACAGUGUUGCAAUUCUCCUACAUAACACACAAAGGGAUACAUUAGUUUUUGUUAAACAAUUUCGACCACCAGUAUAUUAUGGCAGCAUUCCAGAAGAAGACCGCAAUGAUGUGAUUGAUGUCAGUAAAUACCCGCCAGAGUUAGGAAUAACGUUAGAGAUGUGUGCGGGGCUUGUGGAUAAGGAUAAGCCCUUGGAACAAAUAGCCAAAGAAGAAAUUUUAGAGGAAUGCGGUUAUGAAGUGCCGUUGUCUAGUCUGGUUAAAAUUGGCUCUUAUAGGUCAGGAGUGGGUACUUUGGGUAGUUUACAAACUGCUUACUAUUGUGCAGUGACUGAUGAUAUGAAAGUGUCACAAGGGGGUGGAGUUGGAGACGAAAUUAUUGAUGUUGUCGAGAUGACAUUGCCAGAAGUUAAAAAAUACAUUGAGCAGGAUAAAAUUCCAAGUCCGCCUAGUUUUCUAUUUGCCAUUUAUUGGUUUUUCGUAAAUAAGACUAAAUUGUAAUUUUUGAUUUAUUUAAGUGUUGUAUGUUCAUUAAUUAUUGUCAAUAAAUUUGUGUGUAUAAUUAAAA